AUGCGCCAACCCAAGCUGGAUUUCAAGCGGCUCAUCCCAGCACUGAUCCCUCCGCGACGAUCGGUCAAGAGAGGCUUGGACAAGAACGAGGAGACCGUGAUCGAUACGUUGGAAAACCCGGUGACGGGCAAGCCGUACUACGACCUAGACUACGCGCUGCGGAUCUGUAAAGUCAACAACAAGCUGCAGGCGUGUGGUCUGAUCUACAGCAAGAUAUGA